UAACCCAAAAUCCUUUGCACAAAGUGGCGGACCAACUGAGAGAUUAUCUGGUCCUUAGCCUGGUUACGCAAUACGGAACUACCCUCUUGCUAUUACAGUUUGUAACUACUGCUAACUGCUUCAUAUUUAUCUGAAGAUAAUUUGUACUCCAUCAAAUUAGUCUGAAAAUGGAAAAGACAAAUCACCAUAACGAUAAUUCUCCAAACUUUUCAACUCUUCUUAACAAUUCUGCGGUUCGUGAACACGUUCAACAUUGGUUAAGAGAAGACACGCCAAGCUUUGAUUAUGGAGGGUAUGUAGUAGGUGAAGCUCAAGAAACAGCUGUUCUCCUGUGCAAGUCAAAAGGUCUUCUUGCUGGAGUUCCAUUCUUCAAUGCAGUAUUUGAAGAAGUUGGUUGCAGUGUGGAGUGGAAGUAUCCCGAGGGGGUGGUAGUGGAACCGAUUUCUGUCACUGCUGUUGUCAAGGGCAACGUGAAUAAGAUUUUAUUGGGAGAAAGAUUGGCACUUAACUGCUUGACACGUGCAAGUGGGAUUGCUACCAAAGCAAAGAAAUUAGUAGGAUUUAAAAAAGCUGCAAAAUGGACUGGUGAAAUAGCAGGCACACGGAAGACUACUCCAGGAUUUCGCAUAGUGGAAAAGUAUGCACUUGUGGUGGGUGGAGCCUCUAUGCAUCGCUAUGAUCUGUCAUCUAUGAUUAUGUUGAAAGACAACCAUAUAUGGACAGCAGGCAAUAUUGCCCAAGCAGUUUCUAAUGCAAGGACUGUAGGAGGAUUUUCCUUAAAGAUUGAAGUUGAAUGUCGUUCAGUAGAAGAAGGAAGAUCUGCUGCUAGUGCAGGGGCAGACAUUGUCAUGCUAGACAACUUUACCCCAGAUGCCCUCCAUCAGUCAGCUGCCAUAUUGAAAGGAGAAUUUCCUAAUCUUCUGAUUGAGGCCAGCGGAGGAAUAACUGAAGAUAACAUCAGUGAUUAUUUUAAUCCUAAUGUUGAUGUCAUAUCUUUGGGCUCACUAACACAAGGCUACAAACCUGUUAAUUUUUCUCUUAAAAUUUUAAAAGAUGGUCAUAAUCCUCAUAAUCCCCCAGUCACAGUUGCCCAUUGAAGUGGUGAAAGUCCUAGAAUAUUAUAAUUUGAUGUAGUUGAAUCUGUGAAGUCACAUCAUAUGCCAUGGACAUGGCAGAAAAUUUGAAACAUUUGUUGAUUAAACCAAACAGUCCAGCAAGGGAAUUUGCUUCUCGUCCAAUGAAAGUGCCAGACCACGGUACUGUUAUAGUCAUCUCAUUGAAACAUUUGAAACACGAUUUCUUCACAGUCCUUAGAAGUCUGCUUUAAAGAAUGUUAACAGUUAAGAAUGGUUAACUCAGGAAAUAAACUUUAGGUAGUGGGAAAGUGAACUUCCAUUUGUAUUAUUUAUCCAUAAACACAUGUUUAUUUAGCAUAGCAUUAUUGUUAUAUGGUAUGUUAUAUUGUGGUAUUAUUAGUCUAGUAUUAUUGUUGUUUUAUAUUAUUUGUAUAACUUGUUCAAUUGUAACCUAUUUUUAUGUUUGGUAAAAAUUAUUUCAUAUGUGUAUGUAUAUUAGUCAUCAAUUUAUUUAGUCAUUUCCCAUUCAAAUUUGCAUUAGUAUCUAAAUUACGUUUUGUCAAGUUAUAUCUUUUCUUGGAUCCAGGCUUGAGGCACAUGGUGGAGCAUUUUUUCCCAAUAAAAAUUAGCUGGAUAAGACAAAAAGUACAUCUCCAAUAAUUAACCAAGCACAAAAAACCUAAUAUUUAUUGUAAUGACGUCGUUGGAGUAAAAGAG